AUGAGCACGAGAGGCCGCCCGCGUGAGCUUCCUUCUCAGCUACCGCGACUGAACCCGAGUAUCGCGCUUGAUCCUGCUCUAGAAGGUAUCAAUCUCCGCUCCCGUGGCGCUAUCUUGGAGGACUCGUGGCGUCAGCGACGGCAAGCCAAACAGACCGACCGGGCGCGAACACUUGCACGUCAGCGAGGCAGACGUCAGAUUGAGGAGCUUGCUUUGACAUACCAGUGUGCGAAGGCGGCAGGGGUAACGGACGAGAGUAAAGCUAUGCUGAAGCGCUGUCUCGCGGAGGUGGUGCUGCAAGUUACUGAGCAUGACGUUAGCCAGUUUUACUUCCACGUGGAGCACUUUAUGCGGUAUGUAGUUGAUCGAACGCCAGUGUUCACGCAGCCAAACUACGAGAACAGUCAUGGUGGUGACGAGCUUGGAUUGUGUCCAAUUCUGCCGGACAAAGUAGAGGCGUUGCUGGUGAGCUAUCUACCGGACGAGUUUGGCCAAUUUACACCAGAGCAGCACCGUCAACUUGAGGAGGCCUUCGGAGUUCAGCGAUUGACCAUGCAAGCUAUAGAGGCUCUCGUGAACGGUGGGCAACCAUCGGACGUAGAGCAGUCUGUAGCUCUUUAA